UAGAUACCAAAAAAUGUUUGGAAAAAAAAACAAAAUUGUCAUACUCGAAGCUUAGUACGAGAGCUUUAAUGGUGGGGUCACAGACGAAGCUCAAUAUUCAUCCAUGGCUGUCGUAUCCAAUGUAUGAUACAUAUCUAUAGGGGCCGGCCAUCAGUUAAAAAAAAAAAAACAUGAGCAGUGAAAAUCAAGCAACAAGAGAAGCAAAUCAAGAAUUCAUCUCUAAAAAACAGAGGCUCUUCUCUCCCAUGGCGGAAACAAGCAGCAAUGGAUCAGCAGCAGCAGCAUCAGUGACGUUGAUACCGGAAGACCAUCUAUUCUCGAUCUUGCUGCUCUUACCGGUGGAAUCUAUACUCUGCUUCGCGAUGACCUGUAAAAAGUUGAAGUCUUUGGCAUAUUCAGAUUCGCUGUGGGAAUCUAUCUGCAAGCGUGAUUGGGGCCAUAUUCCUGUCGAUUCCCUAAAGGGCUCCAAUCGCCUGCAUCAGUUUCCAUGGAAGAAGUUGUACCACCAGGUUUACCUCUUGGACUCUGUCUUCUGCACUAGACUCUUGUCCCACAAAAACCCAGAUGCUGUUCUUGAGAUUCUCCCUUGCCCUAGGGCUUCCCACUCCCUCAAUUUAGUUUCUGGAUGCUUGGUUCUCUUUGGUGGUGGCUGUGAAGGAGGCAGGCACUGUGAUGACACAUGGGUAGCAUACAUAGGCAAUGAUUUCAAGCGAAAACUAAACUGGCAGAAGAUCGCUUCAGGCAUUCCAAGUGGUAGGUUCGGCCAUUCCUGCAUAGUCAUCAACGAUUCCCUCAUCCUCUUCGGAGGUAUCAACGACCACGGCGCCCGCCAAAAUGACACCUGGAUCGGCCGACUCACCCUCCACGACAGAUCCGGCAGCAUCACACUCUCCUGGCGGCUGCUCGACAUCACCUCCACCGCACCGCCGCCGAGAGGGGCCCACGCCUGUUGCUCCUUAAACAACAAGAGAAUGGUCAUCCACGGCGGCAUAGGACUGUCCGGUCUCAGACUAGGUGACACCUGGAUCCUUAAUCUUUCAGAAGAUUUAUGUUUCGGGAGGUGGGCCCAGGUUGUUGUCGAUCAGAACUGCCCUCCGUCUCGAUCUGGCCACACGCUGACUCAUAUUGGGGGAGAACAGACGAUCUUGUUUGGAGGGAGGGGGGUGGGGUAUGAGGUGUUGCACGAUGUAUGGCUACUCGAUGGGGCUACAUCAUCUGAUGAAGAAGGGAAUUGGAGAUGGAGGCAAGUGUUGUUUGAGCUGCAUAGUGUGCCUCGGGGUUUUGAUCUGCCGCGAGUGGGCCACUCGGCAAGCCUUAUCAUUGGGCGUCGGUUGCUUAUAUAUGGAGGGGAAGAUUCGAAUAGGCGGAGGAAGGAUGAUUUUUGGGUGUUGGAUAUUGGUUCGAUGGUAAACGGAGUGUAUAGGAAAAUGUGGAGAAGGGUGGAAUCGGAAGGGGAGAGACCUAAUUGUAGAUCAUUUCAUGGAGGGUGUGUGGAUGAUUCCGGAAGGUUCUUGUAUGUACACGGUGGAAUGGUGGAUGGAGUGAUUCAGCCGAGUGAUCCGUCAGGUUUGAGGUUUGAUGGGGAGAGUUUUGUUGUGGAGGUUGUGGUGCUGCAGCAGCCUUAGAAGAGAUCACAACUUGUCUUUCUUUUAAAUCAGAGACUGUAAAUAGUUGAAGAAUUACUGCAAAUUUGGUGAAAGAUGGUAAAUAAAAUCUGUAGCCUCUCUUAUUUAUGAUUCUUGGUAUUUUGUUUUUGAGGUAGGAUUAAGUAUUGGAUUAGUCAUUUGUAACAUUUUUUUAUGAAUUAGUGAAGCUGUUGAUGCUGUUUUG